AUGCAGGUAGCUCAAGCCUCAAAACCGCACUCCACACCACUGACCCUUAAAUGGCUGGAGGAAAACUACGAAAUGGCGGAAGGGGUCUGCAUACCACGGAGUACCCUCUACAUGCAUUACCUCGACUACUGUGGCAUGAACGACUCGCAGCCAGUUAAUGCCGCCAGCUUUGGAAAGAUAAUUAGGCAGCAAUUUCCUCAGAUAACAACGCGAAGACUGGGAACCAGAGGACAAUCUAAGUAUCAUUACUAUGGCGUCGGGAUCAAGGAAUCUUCCAUCUACUUCGACCUUGCCUAUUCAAGGAAAGGAUUUUUCAGUAACGCAGACGGCAAGAAAGAAAGUUUGAAGCAAGUCUACUCCUACUCGCCACGCUCCAAACUGGGCACCAUGCUCCCGAACUUCCCGGACCUCCAAGACAUCUACCUCCCGCCAUCCAUCCCCACAGACAGGAUUUCCACAUUCCUGGUCAUGUAUCGCACGCACUGCCAGCGAGUCCUCGAUAACGUCAUACGGGCAAACUUUGAGGAAAUCCAAAGUUUCUUACUGCACUUCUGGCGGGGUAUGCCACAGCACAUUGUGCCCCUUAUGAACUCGAGGACCGUGGUUGACCUUGUCGGGGUCUGUGACAGCAUUCUCUACAGGAGUCUGGCCAACGUUUUGGUGCCCUCUGUCCUGCAGCCCGUGUCUGAAAGUCUGAUUCAGAUGAUCAGGAAGUUCGCUAGGCAUAUUGAGGAUUGGAUAGUCCUCUCCAUCCAGGAUUUCCCGAAGAUUCUACAACAGAUGAAAAUCGAUAUGACACGCAAAUUCAGCCAAAUGCUAAGAAGACAGGCUUCUCUGAACCAUUUAUGCCAAGCCGUCAAAUCUGUCAUAUCGUCGCAGCUUCUCUUGCGACAGAUGGCUCACGAUUGGUCGUGUGUCGACCUCACUAGCGUCUUGAAGCAGACGCUCUUUAGUAUGGAGAAGUACUCGCAGAGAGACUACGAGCUCAUCACGACUUUGCAAAGGGAGUUUGAAGAACUAUUGAACGAACAAGUCUGUAUUGAAACCUAUUGUCAGUGGCUCUUCUCAAUUGUCGAAAGAUGCGUCAAGAUUCCAUCGUCCAAAACCCCGACAAACACAUGGGAGAUAUGUAGGCAGUUUUUGUUGACAUGGUCGUGUUACGGGUCAAGGGUUAUCAGGGAUAUGACCUUACAGAGUUCCUUCCACCUACUCCAUUUGAUGUUCGACGAGUAUGUGAUGUACCUCGUUGAAACCUUCCAAUUUGAUGCCUGGUCCAAUCAGCUUCUAACUAGCAUCACCAAACAUCCCAACACUGUUCCCAACAUUCCAGAAAGACAAUCUGUCAUUACUGAUGGUAGGGAUUUCCUGAAUGCAAAUUGUUAG